GAUCUUAGGUUUGCCGGAACUACCAGAGCCUUCAUCUCUGGUUUCAUUGAAGAAAGCAGGGGGGAAAUAAAGAAACAAAAGAAUGGCGUCCAGAGAUCCAAUUGUUGAUGUUGGAUCCGCAGUGGAAGCGGUUUCUGCAGAUGAUGAUGCUGUGCCUCUUCAUCAGAUUGAGAGCCUGUGCAUGCGUUGUGGGGAGAAUGGGACAACAAGACUUCUAUUGACUCGCAUUCCUUAUUUUAGGGAGAUUGUGCUUAUGGCCUUUGAAUGCCCUCAUUGUGGUGAACGAAACAAUGAAGUACAGUUUGCUGGUGAGCUCCAACCUCGUGGAUGUUUGUAUCGUUUGGAGGUUCCAUCUGGUGAUCAGAAAAUGCUGAACCGGCAAGUUAUAAAAUCUGAUUCUGCUACCAUUAAGAUACCAGAACUGGAUUUUGAGAUUCCUCCUGAAGCUCAACGUGGCAAGUUAUCAACAAUAGAAGGGAUACUACUGCGGGCUGUGGAUGAACUGCAGGCCCUUCAAGAAGAACGCAAGAAAGUGGUUCCUGAGACUGCUGAAGCUUUGGACCACUUCUUGAUGAAAUUGAAAUCGUGUGCAGCAGGAGAUGGACCAUUCACCUUCAUUCUUGAUGAUCCUGCUGGCAACAGCUUCAUUGAGAAUCCGUGUGCUCCAUCUUCAGAUCCAUCGUUGACUAUUAAGUUCUAUGAGCGGACUCGUGAGCAACAGGAAGCACUGGGAUUUCUUGUGGAUUCAUCACAAUCGGGAGAACAUGAAACACGGAGUGCUGUUGAAGCAUUAACUGAGGGAAGAAGAAGUUAUUCUGAUGAAAGUAAAGGAGAGCCACAUGGAUCCAUAGGAGCUGUUGCUGGUCAUCGAGCUAUUGCUCAGGGUAAUAGUGAGGAAGUUGCUGCGGCCUUGUUUAGGUACUCUGCUCCGGAAGAGGUGAUGACUUUUCCAUCAACUUGUGGAGUUUGUGGUGUUAGAAGUGAGACUCGAAUGUAUGUUACCAAAAUCCCAUACUUUCAAGAAGUUAUUGUCAUGGCAUCUUCAUGUGAUUCUUGUGGUUAUCGCAAUUCUGAGUUGAAGCCAGGUGGUCCAAUUCCUGAGAAGGGCAAGAAAAUAACAGUUCGUGUGCAGAGCAUUGAAGAUCUUAGCCGAGAUGUAAUAAAGUCAGAUACUGCAAGUGUGAAAAUUCCAGAAAUUGACUUGGAGCUGGUUAGUGGCACUUUAGGUGGAGUUGUUACAACCAUCGAAGGCUUGAUCACUAAAAUUAGUGAAAGUCUUGAGAGAGUACAUGGAUUCACUUUUGGAGAUAGUCUUGAUGAUCAGAGAAAAAGCAAAUGGCUGGAUUUCGGGGUGAGAUUGACUAAGCUGUUGAGUUUGGAGGAACAAUGGACUUUAAUUCUUGAUGAUGCAUUGGCAAAUUCUUUUGUUUCCCCCAUCACUGAUGCCCUCGAAGAUGACCAUCAGUUGACAUUUGAAGAAUACGUGAGGUCAUGGGAGCAGAAUGAGGAGCUGGGUCUCAAUGACAUGGAUACAUCUUCAGCUGAUGUUGACAACUCAAUGGCGAAUUGAAUAAUGCUUCCACAGAGCUGGGUCUAUUUCCUUUAUCUUCUCUUGA